UGAUCACAGACACAAAUAUCAAACACUAUGUACGUGAAAACAUAAUAAGGUAUUGCAUAGUUUACUGGGAAUUAUACAGUCAUAGACAUUUGCUAAAAGACACAGAUGGAAAACAUUGAUGAUAUCGGUUGGAACAUACUUUGCAUAGAAAUACUCUUGUGCUGCAUAUAGAAUGAAGCAAUGCCACAGUUAAAUAGCACACUGCAAAGGCCAUAGUCAUUCUCUAUUCAAAGGAAUAAAUGAAGUUCACUCACAUAAAUACCUUUAGUUAUAUUGAUUCAAACGUAAACCAGGCUAGAAGCUCGAAGAAAAGCAAGGAGGAUUUAAAAUAGAAGUGUGUUCAGAACAUCAACUAAAAAUGAACAUGAAACUGCUAUAAAAUCCUAGAUGAAACCAUUCAAAAUGGAAAACAUAAAAGUGAUAACAACAAUUGUAAUUAUAUUCUUCAACAUUGUGGGGAGUAACACAACAAUAAAUGGACAGUCUUUCCUAGAGAAUCCAAACAGAACUGUUGAAUUGGGACAUGUCAAUGAUACAGCUGUAAAUACCACAGAUAGGCCUGUACAAGAUAGUCUUCAAAUAGACGUAGAUAUAACUACAGCAGAUUUAGAACCACCUACAAUGGGUUUUGUUGGGGCUUGCGAUCAUCCAAAUAUUGAACUGGAUUCUAUCACUUAUGACUGCCACAAUGUACGUCCUGAGCAAUAUAGCUGUAAUAACCGAUGUGGCUCAAUAUUAGAGCCAGUCCAAGGUGCCUACUGUUCAUGCGACCCAGGAUGUUUGGUACACAAGGACUGCUGUAGAGACUUUCAGCUCCAAUGUCCUGUUGAAUAUAACAUCUCUCACAGCCUUCUCAACAAUUUAAUCACAGAACCUUAUAUGGAAUGUGAAUCAUUCAAUGGGAAACAAUACAAAAUGGUUGUACAAUGCUUGAAUGGAACAAGAUGUGUGGAUCUUGACAGAAAUUGGUUGGAUGCAAUACCUGUAAUAGAUAAAGCAACAUGGGUAACCUACUUGAAUACAAACUGUGCUGCCUGUAACAAUGUAGAACUUGUCUCGCCAUGGCCUAGUAAUAUAAUAUGUAAUGCAGAAUCAAUUUUGUCAACCUUAACAUCUCUAAAAGCAAUUCAAACUGCUAUAGAAAAUGAUUUUUGCUUCAUACAUGUGGAGGAUAUUGGACAUGUUUGUAGGGAAGUCAUUUCCACUUGUCCAGAGGAUUGUGCCAACAAGAAUUUAGUUGAAAGAUGUCAUAAUGGUUCUGUACAAUUUGUAGAGAGCUCUGAUUAUGAUAAUAUGAUGUUUGGUACAUACAAGAAUGAAUACUGCCUAAGAUGUAAUAUACCUGACCCUGGUAUAAGUUGCAGCAUGUGUAGUGUAUGCCAAACGGUUGUUAAUCAGGGAAUCUUUCCACCUUUUUCAUUUUCUCUUUUGAUGGACAUUAAUCCUAAAAAAGGAUUGAAAAUUGGUUUCAAUGUGAAUGGUGUCAACCAGGAAUUUGAAUGUGAUGCGACCAGUAACUGUUCAAGUGCUUGUAAAGAAGGAUAUGAUUAUAACAAUGAUACAUGUGUCCAUGUGUUCACUCCCCAUACAAUCAUUGUGAACAUAACAUUCAAAAUUGUUGAAUCAUCUCAACAUGCUUUUGAACUUACAGGUAUGAUGGAGGACAACUUCAUAAAAAGGAUAGAUAAAUUUGCAGCAUCUGAUAUAAGUUAUACCAUGGUAUAUGAUAACAAUAUCCUUAAUGGUACUACAUCCAUCACAUUUAAAGAUAACAUUCUAACAGGGGAUAAUAUAACUGGAAUUGAAUAUCAUAAUAUGAUAUUUCAAAAGUUAAAGAGUGAAUAUGACAAACAUAUGGAAAACAUUGAUUUAGAGUUUGUUAAGGAUAUUGACUUCAGAAGUGUUUGUGUAGAAGGAAUGGAUGCUUUAACAUGUUGGGACUGGAAAAAUGCAACAUUAUUUUUUGAGAGAAAUUAUUUGGUAGAAGCACACACAUUAUCUAUGCCCUCUGAGACCAUAAUGGGAAUUGUCACUAUUGUGUGUUUGAGCAUUUCAGUGGUUUGUAUGAUCAUUCGUUUAGUUCUCCAAAUCUUUGUUCCGGUGUUUCACACAUUUCCCGGGAAGCUUCAGUUCUUGAUGGUGUUGGCAUUGUGGUUUGCUAGUAUGUUCAAGCUACUAGGACCUUUAGCCUUUAGGCUACCAGACCUCUGUACAGCUAUGGGUGUUCUCACUCACUAUUUCUACCUUGUGACUUUCACAUGGAUGUCUAUUAUAGCUUUAGACAUGUAUCUUGUAUUUAGGGCAGAAUUAAGUGUGGCUUCUAGAGGGUUAAAAAGAUUGGUGGUCUAUUCCACAGUAGCAUUUUUACUCCCAGGGUUAAUAGUUGCAACAGCUGGAAUAUUAGAUGGGGUAACACAGGGGUCAAAUCUAAGACCUGACUAUGGUGUUCCAGUAUGUAUGAUAACAAAUAGGUAUUCUCUACUCUUGUUCUUUGCUGGUCCAUUAGCAGUAAUGAUCAUAUUUAAUAUUGUUAUGUUCUCGUUAACUGUUCACAAUUUAAGAAAAUCCUGGAGAGAUGCAAAAAGUGUUAAAACCAAGAAGAAUGAAAAUCAUUUUGAUGUUUACAUCAAGCUGUUCUUAUUGAUGGGUUUCACUUGGGUGUUUGGUUUUAUCGCUCCUUUUGCAGAACAAGAUGGAUUAUGGUAUAUCUUCAUCAUUCUUAAUGCAUCACAAGGAGUGUUUAUCUUUGUAGCCUCAGUGUGUUCUAGGAGAGUUUUGAGAUCACUUAGGUGUAUGAAAUCUACAAGCAAAGGUUCCUCAUAUAUGACUAAGUCAAGCUCUGUUAGAAAUAGUGAGUCAGUUAUCAGGAAUGGUACACAGAAUUCAUCUUGAGAAGUUGUUUUAUCAUUAUUAUAAUACAUGUAAUGUAUGUGUCAAAUGUUUUCUGGUUUAUCUUAUAUGCACCCAUGUGGUGCCAUUUUAUUUACCCUUUGAAUGGCUACUGUUGGCUAAUCCUGAUAGUUUAUUCACAUACAUCUACAUUUGUAUAAAAUAAUUUAAGAAUUGUUAUUAGCCUGGCAUUUGUGUUAGUACAUAUCAUGGAAUUAUUGGAAUUAUUUACCCCUUGAGGACAUCAUUACCACUUGUGUGUUCUAUGUAAAUAUGUUUCUAUUACUUCAAUAAAUAAUAUAUAUUAAUAGCAUAUGAUGCUUUUUUAAAUCAGAAGCAAUAUUCAUUUUUACAUAAAGUCAAAAUGUUACCAGAUAAAGGACAAGUCCCGGUUUUGAGAACAGUCUCCU